AGUUAGAAUUUGAUCCAUAGACAGGUAACUCAAGCAAUCCCCAUUGUCACUGCAAUCAGACCUAUAUAAAUCCGCCUUGACAGACAGCAGUCACCACAUAGCCUUACCUCCUCUCUGCUGGAUCACCGACCGGGCGAGAUCACCCCUGAACACGGAAUAAAAUGUCGCUCUCAUCUAUCCUUUCCGCUGAUGCCAUCGACAGUGCUAUCAAGGACUGCCAAGUACCAGACUCCUUCUGCCCCAAGAAGUUUUUCCAGCUGUGUGGCCUCACCCAGAAGAGCCCCCAGGACGUGAAGAAGGUGUUUGCGAUCCUGGACAACGAUGGCAGCGGGUUCAUCGAGGAGGAAGAGCUCAAGUUUUUCCUCCAGAGGUUCACUGCUGGGGCUCGUGUCCUGACAGACAAGGAGACCAAGGGCUUCCUGUGUGCUGCUGAUGAUGACAGCGAUGGCCGGAUUGGAGCGGACGAGUUCCAGGCCAUGGUCUUGUCCUAAACAGCUGGACUCCAUCUCUCCAACUCGAUCUGACCCCCUUAUUCCACUGCUUCAAGGGCUCUCUUAGUUGUAGUCAGUCGUUCUCCAUCUGGUUAGAUGAAACCUUUUUAUUCUUUUUAUUUUGCAAGACUCACUCUGGUCCACAGACAUACACAUUCUCAUAAUGUUUUAGCUUUUUUUGUUUCUUUGUCAUAUGUUUUAGAC